AGGAUUCACCAGUUGAUGACCCAACUUACAAAAAUGAGUGACCUGAAGCCACCUAUGUCAACUGUGGGAUUGGUGCUAUUUAUAGCAGCAGGAUUUCUGUUAUUUGUCUUGGCGGCACUUUUGGCAAAACGCCAAAUUAUGCGAUUCAGUCUGAGGUCAUCAAGACGACCACACAUUUCUAUUGGAUCAGAUGCACCCAAGAAAAUGAGGAAGAGUAUACUAGAAUGUCUGGAUCGUGUGUGUAAAAUCAGACACGAACCAGUACUUCUGAAUGCCAAGGUCCUUCAGACAGCAACAGCAGUACCAAAUUCAUACUACUACAGAAUGAAGGCAUUGGAUUCAUUUUCAAAAUUUGAUGAAGUCCUGAUAUCGGAAGAGCCACAAUCAGAGGGCCGACACCCAAAUAAGACGGUGAGACACUACCUACUUGGCCUGUACCCUGACUAUCUCGGAUCUUCAUCUACAGACCUGAUCCAUCAAUUUGCUGAUGCUUAUGAACAUGCACGACAUGAUCCAGCUGAGUUCGGGGAAGUCCAGUAUAAACACUACCAGGGACUCCUUGAUGAAUUGAUAACAAGCUUGAGGAACACUGCAGCGAAGCGACCAGGUGUGGUUUUCGGCAAGAAUUUAGGAAUGGAUACCCAAGUCAUAUACAAACCUGAAAAGGGCAACACUCAAACCAAGACCAUGCCGCAGGGUCAAGACCCAAAGGACUCAAGUCCUGACAAAGACAUGUGUGGCAAGUUGGAUAUGCGGCAUCGAACAAGGGCGGGUAGUAGUGCCCAGUCCAGCUUCAUGGACAGUGGUCAUUCCAGUCAUCAGAGCACAACAAGUGCAGAAAGCUUUAUCCCACAUGCAGAGAGCCCAGAGCGUAUCGUGUUGCUGGACUUUGAUAAGAAAAGCCACUAUGUCUGAAAAGGUAUAAGUAAUGGGAGGGAGCAUAUGUGAUGAAUGAUAUGAGAGAAAAUGAAAUGUUAAUGAAAAAAGGAUACCUAUGAAUGAGAAUGUGAUACAGAUUGUAAUAUUGAAUGGAGUAUGAUGGAUCAAUUGUAAUAUUGAAUGGAGUAUGAUGGAUCAAUUGUAAUAUUGAAUGGAGUAUGAUGGAUCAUUGGUAAUACUGAAUGGAGUAGGAUGGAUCAUUUGUAAUAUUGAAUGGAGUAUGAUGGAUCAUUGGUAAUAUUGAAUGGAUGAUGAUGGAUCAUUUGUAAUAUUAAAUGGAGUAUGAUGGAUCAUUUGUAAUUUUGAAUGGAAUAUGAGAGAAUAUGGUUGUUCUUUCAAGAUAUUGUUUAUAUGCAUGUGAGUGAUUGGUCAAGAAUCUCAGUGAUGUAUUGUUGAUAUUAUGUAAUUUAAAUUAUUUGAAAUAUGAUAGGUUUGUAUUUCUGUUGUUAUUUUCUUUUUGUUUUGCUAUAAAAUUAAAUGCAGAAUAUAUU